AUGGCGUGGAAUGCGGAUGGAUCGAGCUGGGAGGAGACCGCCAUCGAUGCAACGGCCGAAGCUGACUUCGAGGCCAAGGCCCUGCAGCUGGGCCUGGCCGGCACGCUGCUGGUGGAGGGUACCAAGGUGCCGGUGCCCAGGUUGGCCGCCUGCUUGCGGCGGGCCGUGGCCAACGCGCUGGUGGCGGCUUUGGGGCCCAAAACCACCCAGUCGCUGCAAGUGCGCGUGCGGCCGGGCGGUGGGUCCGCGCUGGCCCAGAACUGCCCCGUCGGCAGCUCCGCCUUCAGCUUCGCCGCGCUGCUGGAGGAGGAGGACGAGGAUGCCGUGGACCGCUUGAGGGAGCACCUGCUCUUGGAAGAGGCUUACUCGGGAGGCGUUUGCUUCCUACCUGAGCUGACUGCCCAGCUAGAGGAUCAGGGCACCGCCGGGACCCGGUGCCGCCUGACCAUCGAGGUGGUACCCGACGAGGGCCAGAGGUCCCCGUCCCAACUGAGGGGCACCAUCAUUGUGGAUGGCAAGCCCUGGCCCGGGGCGAAAAGCUUUGAGUUGAGUCUGACUCCUCGAGCCUCUCCCGCGCCUUUGCGGCACAUGGAUCCCAGCAUCUUUGUGUCCAUCCCAUCCUACCGCGAUCCGGAGUGCCAGUAUACGGUGGGGGACCUCUUCGCCAAAGCUGCGAAGCCGGCCAGGGUCUUUGUUGGGAUCUGCUGGCAGGCGGACCCGGAAGAGGAUGGCCACUGCUUCCUGCUUGACCCCCCCAGCGAGUUCGCGCCGCAGGUGCGCCGGGUGGAGGUGGCGCCGCAAGCAGCGCGGGGGCCCUGCGUGGCACGGGCGAGGAUCCAGCGGGAGCUGUUCCAGGGAGAAGACUUUUAUCUUCAGCUGGACAGCCACUACCGCAUGAUCCCCGGCUGGGAUGAGGAGCUGCUGCGGCAGCUCUCGCUGUGCGACAGCGAGCGGCCCAUCCUCAGCACCUACCCGGCCAGCUACACGCUUCCAGAGGACUACUCGCCGGGGCAGCCGGAUGCGGCGAAGCUGGACAGCCGCGCGUGCCCGGUGGCGCUGUGCGCCAAGGAGUUUGGGGCUGACGGCUUCCUCCGGAUCACCGGCAAGCGCUGCAGGGCGGGCGGGCGGCCGCGGCCGGGGCUCUUCUGGGCCGCGGGCCUGGCCUUCUCCUCCUCCGCCGUGGUGCGGGAGGUGCCCUACGACGAGACCUUGGAGGACCUCUUCUUCGGGGAGGAGAGCUCCAUGGCCGUGCGGCUGUGGACCUCCGGCUGGGACUUCUUCACGCCCACCCAGGUCGUUGGCUACCACCUCUGGACGCGCAAGCACCGGCCGCUGUUCCGCGAGCACGGAAACGAGGCGCGGAAAGUGCGGGAGGCGCUGUCCCGGCAGAAGGUCUCAGCCCAGCUGCGUGGCGAAGGCGGCCUGGGCGCUCGCCGCAGCCUCGCGGAGUACGAGGCCUUCGUGGGGCUGAGCUUCGCGGAGCGGCGGCUGGAGGACCGGGCCAGGCGCGGGGGGCUGGAGCUGCCGGACUUCCUGGACGGCGACCCCGCAGCGGCGGCGAGCCCAUACCCCGCCGUGCCGAACAACAUCGCGGAGGCUAUUCAGGCGAUGCUGGGGAAGGACGCCCACACGGCGCUGGCGCCGCCGGUGCCCCCUUCGCCCCCACGGCUCUUGGAGUCGUCUCCGGCAGGGCGGCUGCGGCGGGAGGAGGUGGAGCUUCUGAACACGCAGGGGCUUGUCAUUAUCGACGGCUUCUUGCGAGAGAGGUGUUAUGGCCACCUGGAUCCUGGCGUUUCUGCGCAGGCGCCGCGCCUGGCGCGGCGGGGCGCGGCCGCAGUGCCGCUGCGCCCGGCGCGGCUGGGGCAGGGCGAGGGCGCGUGGAGCAGCAGCGCCGUGCGUGGUGAUGAGAUGGCCUGGCUGACCAUGCCCGAAGGCGAUGAGGAAGGUCUGUUGCACCGGGGGCUGGGCGCUUUGCAGCGCGAGGCCGGCAAUACGGAAGGCGCCUUGGCUGCCGUGCGGCGGGUAGAGGGCCAGCGAGGCCCCCAAAGCGACGCCGACGCGAAGCUGGCAGAGGCGGACUCCGAGCAGGACUUGGGGAAGCAAAGCGCGGAGUGCUACGAGGACCUGGACGUGCUGCUGGCCCAGCUGGCGCUGUUGCGCCGGGACCUGGACGC